GAAGCCAGCCGGUGACCGCCGAUGAAGUCGUGGUGGCGGGUUCAAAGGUGAUCCUCUCCUGCAAGGUGGAGGAUCCGGAAGAUUCUUCGCUCCAGUGGUCCAAUCCUGCUCAGCAGACGCUCUACUUUGGAGAAAAACGAGCAUUGCGAGACCUUCGGAUCCAGCUGGAGAAUUCGACGGCCAACGAGCUGAGCAUCAGCAUUGACAACACCACGCUGGCCGACGAGGGAGAAUACACCUGCACGAUAUUCACCCGGCCCGUCCGGACUGCGAAAGCGAUGGUCACCGUGUUGGGAAUCCCACAGAAACCCCAAAUCUCGGGUUACUCAGGUCCUCUUAGGGAAGGAGACGUAGCUCUGUUGACGUGUGCCUCCUCUGGCAGCAAGCCAGCUGCUCAGCUUAGAUGGAAUAAAGGGGACAGAGUCUUGACAGGCCAGUCAUUGGAAGUCUCCAAAGAUGCAAACGGGAAAACUUUUACAGUCAGCAGUCAAGUCGAAAUUAUGGUUGGCAAAGAGGACGAUGGAGCAGACGUGACGUGCACGGUGGACCACUCCUCUCUGCAGAUCUUUGAGAAAUCCGCCUCGCAGCGUCUCUCCGUCUUCUACAAACCAUCGGCAAAAAUCGAAUCCAAACCGGAGCGUCCACAAGAAGGGGACAGUUUAGUGCUUCAGUGCAAAGGAGAAGGGAAUCCGAUCCCUCAGGAAUACAGGUGGGAGAAGGAUGGAGCUGACACGGCCUUGUUGGAUGCUCAAGAUGACAUCCUCAGCUUCCCCAACCUAAACAAAAGCGACAGUGGGACUUAUAUUUGCUAUGCUUCCAAUCUGGUGGGCAGGUCUUCUGCGAAAUACACCCUGUCCGUCAGCGAUGCCAGUCCCAUGACACCACAAAGGAGCAGCUAUCACGCCAUUGUCGGGGGCGUGGUAGCCUUCAUCAUCUUCUUUCUCCUUAUCCUCCUCAUCGUUCUGGGACACUACUUGAUUCGGCACAAAGGUACCUACCUGACCCACGAGGCCAAAGGCUCAGACGACGCCCCGGAUGCCGACACAGCCAUUAUCAACGCAGAGGGAGGUCAACCAGGCGGGGAUGACAAGAAGGAAUAUUUUAUCUAA